AUGCUGCCGUUCUUUACCGAGCAGUUUGGCAACUCGGCCAGCAAGCACGCGUUCGGCUGGGAGGCCGAGGCGGCGGUGCACCAGGCGCGCAAGAACGUCGGCAGCCUGAUCGGCGCGGCUCCGAAGGAGAUCGUCUUCACCAGCGGAGCGACGGAGUCGGACAACCUGGCCAUCAAGGGAGUCGCCGAGCUCUAUGGGGACCGGAAAGACCACAUCAUCACGUGCGCGGCCGAACACAAGGCGGUUCUCGACUGCUGCAAGUUCCUGGAGCACCACGGCUAUCGAGUCACCUACCUGCCCGUGGACGCCCACGGCACCGUGGACCUCGACAAGCUGCGGGCCGCCAUCGACGACAAGACGCUGCUCAUCUCCAUCAUGGCGGCCAACAACGAGGUCGGGAAGAUGCCCAUCGACGUGGCGGCGUGCGGGAUUCACCUGCUCUCGAUGACCGCUCACAAGCUUCACGGCCCCAAGGGCGUCGGGGCGCUCUACGUGAGCGCGAGAAAGCCGCCGGUGCGGUUGAGCCCCACCAUCCACGGCGGCGGCCACGAGGGUGGCAUGCGGUCGGGCACCCUGAACGUUCCCGGCAUCGUGGGGUUCGGCAAGGCCUGCGAGCUGGCGCGGACCGACAUGGCUACCGAGUUGCCCCAUAUCACCAGCCUGCGCGACCGGCUCGAAACCAGCCUCUUCGAGCGGCUCGACGAGCUCCACCUGAACGGGCACCCCACCGAGCGUCUGUGCGGCAACCUGAACGUGGCCUUCGGAUACGUGGAAGGCGAGUCGCUGAUCAUGGGCCUCAACGACGUCGCGGUCUCCUCCGGCUCCACCUGCACCUCCGCGGCGCUGGAGCCCUCCCACGUGCUCAAGGCGAUGGGCGUCCGGGGAAGAUCUCGCCCACGGCUCCAUCCGCUUCGGCCUGGGUCGAUUCAAUACCGAGGAAGAGGGGCGCUGACGGCGUACAGGAAAAACAAGAUGGCGACAGCGGUUCAAAUAACGGAACAGGCAGCCAACCGGAUCAAGGAGCUGCUCGGUCAGGACGAGCGGGAGCUUACCGGUCUGCGCCUCAAGGUCGUGGGCGGCGGCUGUUCCGGGUUGCAGUACAAGAUGGAUCUCGACAACCCGAAGCCCACGACCGCGUGUUUCGAGGAAGAGGGCGCCAAGGUGAUCGUCGACCUGAAAAGCCUGCUCUACCUGGGAGGGACCGAGCUCGACUACAGGGAAACCCUCAUGGAGGCGGCCUUCGUAUUUCAGAACCCCAACGUGAAGCGCAGUUGCGGCUGCGGCGCCUCGUUCGUGGUCUGA